AUGGCGGCGGCGGCGGAAAUCUUAAAUAUUCAACGACAAAUAAUUUUUGAUGAGUCAAUAGCGCACUAUGAAGCGCAUGCUCAUCUCCCGUAUGCUUUAUCAACAUUCAACAACAGCGAUGAAAUAAGAAUUGCAGUUCAACACCAAGAUUUGUGUCUACUUCCAAGUAAAAGUACAUUACAUGUGUAUGGAAAAUUCACAAAGUCCGAUGGUACAGCUGUGAGUGCAACGACUCACAUGGUCAACAUGACAGGUUGUCAUAUGUUUGAAGAAAUACGUUACGAACGAAUGGUGUUGAGAUUGAUCGUAGCAAAAAUAAAUAUUACGUUACAAUCUAUACCACUGAGUCUCCUGCUUGGUUUUGCUGAAGAUUACCAUAAAAUUGUCAUCAAUGCAAGAUAUGAAUUAAUUUUGAUAAGAUCAAAUUCUGAUUUAAAUGCAUACAUUGUGGCCACACCUGCUGCUGGAGCUCAUGCUGAAGCUGUUAAAAUUACACUGCAAAAAAUCGAGUGGAUUGUACCAUAUGUGACUAUGGCUGAUAAACAAAAAAUUGAAGCUUUGAAUUAUAUUACAAGUGAUCCAGCUAUCUCAAUCAGUUUCCAUGCUUGGGAGCUGUAUGAGUAUCCUCUAUUACCAAAUACUUCGAAGCACAUAUGGGCAGUCAAAACUUCUACGCAGCUCGAGAAACCACGUUUUGUGAUACUUGGAUUUCAAACAGCAAGAAAAAAUGACGCAACUAAAAAUGCCAGCGGAUUUGAUCACUGCAACAUCAGAGACAUAAAAUUAUUUUUAAACUCUCAGAGUUAUCCUUAUAGGAAUUUGAAUCUCAACAUUGCAAAUAAUCAAUAUGCUUUGUUGUACGACAUGUAUAUAAAUUUCCAAAUUUCAUGCUACAACAAAGAACCAGAGCCACUGCUGACAAAGAAAAAAUUUUUGGAACAAGCACCACUGUAUGUUAUCGAUUGCUCGAAACAAAACGAAUCAAUAAAAUCUGGACCAGUAGACAUUCGCCUAGAAUUUGAAUCUGCAAAUCAAUUCCCUGCGCAGACAUCAGCUUAUUGCCUCAUUAUACGUGAUCGCAUAGUUGAGUAUAAUCCCAUGAGCAGCAUCGUACAAAAACUAAUAUGA